AUGCUUGAUCAUCAUCAACCAGUGAAUACUAUAAAACGCUUCAAUUGUCUUUCAACAUCAAAACAUCAAAAUCAAUCAAAAAUAAUAACCAAUGUUACUGUGAUUAAAGCAAAAGAGAAAAAUACGACGUCUCUAAGUUUGAGUACAAAUAAUAUUUGUGAUAUAGAAGCUUCUUCUACUUCUUAUAUUAUGGAUAAAUGUAAUAUGCAAAAUAUGCAUAAUCCUGGUGACGAUGCUGUUGUCUACUCUUCACUGACUGCAAUAUCCUGUGAUAAUACUUCGUCGUCACAAUUGUUAAACAACAACAACAACAGCAACCCUAACAACAAUACUGAUAAUUCAGACUAUGGAAGCCUGUCUUUACCAUCGACGAAUUCACGAUCAUAUGCUAAACAAUUUAUUGAUUUAUUUCCAGUUCUGAUGACAAAAAAGAAGGCAUUGAAUUAUUUCCAGAAAACUUCAUCCUCUAUUACAUUAACAGAAUCUUCACGGAAUCAUUAUAAUGACUUGUGGGUUGGUUCAUUGAACCUCAGAAGAACAGCUAAACCGAAUUUGGAGAAUGAAUAUCAUCGAGAGAAUUCUUUGAAGCUGUCAAUUUUAGAAGCAAGAAAUCUUCUACCAAAGCGUCGUUAUUAUUGUGAUAUAUGCUUGGAUCGAACUCUGUAUGCACGGACAACUAGUAAAACAGCUCUAUCAGAAAUAUUUUGGGCUGAAGAUUUCAACUUAAAUAAUCUUCCAAAUGUUUCUGUAAUGACCAUCAGUUUAUAUCGAGAUAGUGGAUCAAGUGGUAAAGAUGCUCGACGGAUAGGAACAUCAAGAAUCAGUUUAAGAAAGUAUAGAAAAGCUCCAAAUCAACUAAUCGGCUAUAUUACUAUUCCCAUAUCUGAAAUAACCAGUCGAACAGAUAUUCAAACUUGGCUAACACUACAACCGCCAACAGUUGAGAAUACUUCAAGUCAAGAUAACUUUCUCAAUCACCUUGGUACGAUGAUUUACACGGAGAAUAAUCAUCAGUCUGCUGCUUGUAGAUUGAAUUCUAGUAGAACAAUGAACAACAACAACAAUAGUAAUAAUAUUAGUAGUAAUAAUAAUAGUGUUAGUAAUAAUACUAACACUGGUGGCAGUACUGGAGUUGCUGCAGAUCAACGACAUUUACCCCAACUACGUAUUCGUGCACGUUAUCAAUCACUUGGAAUACUACCGUUGUGCAAUUAUUGGCCGCUAAGAACACUUAUACUUAGUCAUAGUUUAUUACUUACGAAAUGGUUAGAAUCUUUAUUAUCUGUAAAAUUCAAAGAAGAGAUUGCCAAUUCUCUGGUUUGUUUACAUGAACACAAUAAUACACUGAUCGAUUUUUUAACUAAUCUUGUUGUACGAGAAGUUUCUAAUCUCGAAAAUGAUUCAAUGGCUUUUCGAUCGAAUACAAUGGCAACAAAAGCUGUUGAAUGUUAUGUUAAAUUUGUCGGCUCAUCGGUAAGUUCUCUUGAUCGAUAUUACUGUAUCUUCUUUGAUAUGCUACAUCAACUUGAUGACAUUUUAUCAAAGUUUAAAAUUAUUUUGAAGUUUAUGAUUGAUUUCAUUUGA